AUGAAUUCCCACACAAACUAAUAGCAGUAGAAUUAGUAAUAAAAUACCAUAUAAGGUUCUUCAAAAGAUUUUUAAGGAGAAAGUAUGCAUUCUAAUUAACAAAACAAGCAAGAUCCGUACGACUACUAAGUAGAUCUAGGCUCUAUCGGAGGUAUGUAAGCACAAAGAAGCAGAGCUAAUGGACAGAGUGAAAAUUACAAUGUGCAUGUUCAAGGCGACAACAAUAACUAUUAGAGUUCAAUGAUGGAAAACAAAAAAGAUGAAUUGAAAAGUAAACAAUUAAUAAUGGUCGAUAGAAAUGUAGCUCAUAAGCGCAGGUCCAUUGAAAACAAGGAUGCAAUUAUGGCGGGCAGCAGACCACGAGAACUAGUCAGUAGCGUUGAAUUUUCCACUCAGAAUAGACAGCUUAUCCAAGGUGCUAAAUCUGCAAUGUCAAAUUAUGGCUCAACCACUACAGCAACUUAAGGUUAAACCGCUACAAACGCUUAGAAUGUUAUAAAUAACCAAAAUAUCAAAUAGAUCAAUAAAAAUGCUAAAGUUGAGCGAGACCCAGUUAUGGAGCAAAGCUAGCAGUAAUUUCAGCCAGGAAAGCAACGAUCUUUGGCUAAAUCUCAGUCUCAGAACAAACUGAUGCUAGUUUCAUAAGAAGCACUGAUGAAUAAGAAUAAUAUGAUGAUGCAGUACCAAGAUAUUAUUUAUUCACAAGCAGAAGGAGGCAGCAAUGGCUAGCAUCAAGCUCAAGAUAAAAACUCAUUCUACAAGGAUCCGGUGACUGGAUAAAACAACAAUUAGAUUCAAGAUUUGCUAUACAAGCAGCAUAUGCAGUACAGCGCAACAGGUGCAAUGCAAGGAGCAUAGAAAGGCUGGAGACUUAAGAUAAUUAAUCACAAUUCUUUGCUGUCUAAAAUGACAAGCAAUACAGACUGCACUCUUUGCAAUAAAACAGUGGCUGGUGGAAUGAUAUCACUGAGUGUGCUUCCUAAUCAGUGCUCAGCAUUGUAUUGCUCGAAGGAUGAUCAUCAUGGGAUGCUAAUUUAAAAUCACUUGAGCAAGAAGUACAGCAGCAAUCGCGAGUACUAUAAUUUGAAGAUUGUAAAUGAUCUGAUAUACAACGAGAACACUCACAUCGUGUCGAUUUUCAAAGAUUACCUGAUUCUGGAUGACAUCAACGAAUUCUUGAAGAGAUCCUACUCCUAGUCUGAGACUAAGGGCAGACUACCCAAACUAUGCUGCUUCUAUGAGAAGUAUUCGCAGGUGUUUCCAAACUACGUGGUGCUGCCAGAGUCUAAAUAUAUGUUCAAGAACAUUCAAAGGAAGCAGAAACUGAUUGAUGAGCAAUACCAGCUGCAAGAGGAGCUUGCUAAGAAGCAGCAUCAGACUUUACUCGAUGAGGACAAGCUCUUUGACACUAAGUUUUAUAAUAGCUACUACAGCAAUAUGGGUGAUCUCAGUAUGAGCAAGAAGCAGUAUGAGGAUCAGGCAAAAUAGAUUUCAGUGUAUGCUGGCAAAAAACAAUCCACUAGAAUAGAUCAAAUGAAGAUAGAGGAAUUAGUUGACAGAUUUCUAAUGAAGGACUCUGAAUCUAAUAUACAGCUACUAACCUCAGUUGCACUUGACUUCUCUGGCUUUACUAAUUCAUUCAUUAAUCCUUCGCAGCAUUCUAUGCAGAGAAUGUCUUAAGAAAAGACUCCAAAUAAAUCAAGUUAAAAGCCUCAAAAUUUAUAACCAAUAAGUCACACUAGAGCAAAUAAUCAGCAAGCUUAGACCUAACUUAAGCAUGGCUCUACUAAGACUUUAGCCUAGACUGGCAGCACUACUAAUUUGAACUCUAAUGCUAACAAUGCAAAUACAGGAGGCAAGAAAUCACUUGAGAGUUCCAAGAAGAUUCAACCGCAAUCAAGCACUGGCAACCUUCUGACUUAAAACCCUAACAGCUAACAACCAACCAAAAAGCAAAAGAAUUCUUUCAAUAACAACUAGUAAACUGCCAAUCAAUAACAGCAAAAAGGAGCAAUGCCUAAAUUAGACUCCCUUAAAAUCAACUAAAUGCCUGCGACUAACUAAGACUCUAAUAAAAAUACCCCUAGGAUCCAGAAAGCUAAUGCCAUUGCCAACAAUAUUCUAAGCAAUCAAGAUUUCAAUUCGCAAAAACCAGUCAUUCAAACCUCGCCUGGCACUAAGGAGGCAAUUGAUAAUUAUUUGCACAAUUGUAAUCUAGACAUGCAAGAAGAGUUGCUGCUCAGGUCAGGACAAAAGAUGCAAAUUGAUCCGCACUUUCAAACGUAAAAGCUCAAUGUAGGGCCUUUACUCUCUCCAUCAAACUAAAAUGCAAACAACUUGCUUGAAAGCCCCUAACUCAAAUCCCCUAACGGCUUAAACAACAUCAACAAGAAUAUUAACUAAGCUGGCUCUUCAAGCUCACUACUAGCCAAUCAAUAACAUUUUCAGCACAGUCUGAACACUAAUAACAACAGACAAGCAAUGAAGUCGCAAUGCAUUAUUCCUACUAUGCAGUAAAUUACAAGCAUGAAAAAGACCACUAGAUUAUCCAAUGGAAAUGGCAACGGGGGAAACAGUAGCAGUAAUAUACAAGCAUCGAGCAUUAAUAACAACUUGAAUCGCCAAGUUAACAACAACAACAACAACAAUAAUAAUAAUCAAAGAAAGAAUAUAUCCCCGAUGCCAGUUGCUAACAAUCCCUAAGUCUAGGGAACUGCAAGUAGAAAUCAAUAAGUGAAUACUAAUUCUACCUAGAAAAGCUAGAAAUCAUAAACUACUCAUACCAAAUAUCUGAGCGGAGGCAAUGAUCAGUACCAGAAGCUACUUGGUCUAAAUCCUCAGACAAACAUUAACAUCCAGUAAAAUUCCUACGCUUCCAACUAUGACACUUUGAAUUCUCAUCUGAUCUAAUCUUCUUCAAAGAAAGCAAACAUCUUGCAUCAGUAAAGAUCCAAACAAGAACUUGCUCAAGAUAUUCCUUAGGGAACUAUUUAUUCUCAGGCUUCUCAUUAAAAGUAGAACCAACCAGCUAUAUUAUAGCAACCAGAUUUCAAUGAUCAUGCUGACAAUGAAGCCGUUACUGGUGAAGAUUGCGAUGACUUUGGUAUUGCUGAUGAGAGAUUUGCAUCACCUGAUGGAGGCAUUGUGUUUCAAACAAUUGACGACAACAUGAAUCCAAUUAUCACUUAGGGCCGCAAAAGUUUGGAAGGAGCUGGAUUUACUGCUGGCAAGCAAACUCAAUAGCAAAUGCUUUUGUUGACUAGUAGCGAGGACAAAUUAUUUUCUCAAAGCAACAACUAUGAUCAAAUUAAGAAGCAUCUCGAGCAGUACAUUACUAUUAAUCCUUAAACUACAUAAGGAAAUCAAGGGCCAUCACUCCCAAGUAAUCAUACUAUGACAUUCGAUGCUUAGUCUUAGAUAAGUAAUUCAAAGAAAUACUCAGCAAAUAAUCUGCAGAGCAUUGAGAAAUACGAUGAAGUUAAGCAAUCAAUCAAUAGUGCAACUAUUUCAUCAGGUAGCUAAGGCAAUUAUCAACAGCAAAAUAGUCAGGAAUAAUCAAGAAACAAUGCCACAGGGUAGAAGCCAUUUGAGUCAAUGAAGCAAAAGAUUAGAGGAGUCUAUGAUGGUGGAAACUAAAACACUGAGCCUCCUUCAGUUUAGAGUGCUAACAAGACUCCGAAUAAAUCCUCAACUCAUUCAAAAAAAUCAACUGCUCAUCUGCACGCUGGGAGCAAUAAUAACAUAGUUAGUGGCUAGUAGAAUAUGGGUAUUUAGAACAACAGAAUGAGCAUCGAAUCAAAUAACUUCCUUAUGAUGGCUUAAAAUGCAAACAAUCAAGGUGGAGUUCCAUUGUCCUCAACAUCUGCAAAUGGAAGACAACUUUCUUUCUCACAGACUUCAUUUACCAAUAAUGCAAAUAACUACAGAAGCAUCACUAAUUUAUAGCAAAGAAAGGGAAGCAAUAUCAACACCAAGGAGCUAUCAAUUGAGAGUAAAAGACUAAGUGGACAGCAUAGAUAAAGUUUUAAAGAUUUAAGUCAGCAAUCUCAACAGUAAGUUCAAACUACCAUCACUGAUUAAAAUAAAAUCAUUAAAAGAAGUGCUACUGGAAAGAACUUGAAUUUACAAGAUGGUAAUGCUCAUUCACAGACAUUCGGCUAGUUCCAAAGUAACUUUGGCUCUGGUAAUCUCAGCAAUCCUACUUUCAUUAGUCAAUAAAACAGCAAUGGAAAGUACUAGACAGCUGUGCAAAGCCAUCAACAAUAGAACUCAGCAAAUUAGUUGAAUGCUCUGACUUAAUAGCAACAGCAGAUUCAGUCAGCAUAAGCAGCUAAUACUGUCAGAGUCAUGACACCUUCUUACUCACUAGCAAGCUUAACUAAACUUAUUUCACCCACCACAACCACUUCUCCUUUGACAAUGACUGUGACAGUUAAUGGUAAUAACUAAGCUAUCAACAGAAAGUAAGUAGUAAGCAAAGGUAAGCAAUCAGCUCUUGGAGUGCACCCAUAGAACUACCAUCCUCACAACCCAGCUCAACAAAGCAACUUAACUUCAUCUCAAUCUUAAAACUUCCUCCUUUCUGAUAAGAAUUCAAAACUAAUAACUUCUUCAACUCUAUCCCAAAAAGGAAUUAUCUCUUCUAAGGCAAGUGUAAAGUCCUCAAACAUGAGAUAAAACAACACUGCCUCGGCUAGCCAGCAUCCCAUUCAGAUAUCCAACACUAUUAGCCAAAAACUAGGCAGACACCAAAUAUCCCAGCAAUAAAACAACCAGUUAAGUCUAUAACAGGUCAGUCAAAGCCAGCAUACGCUUCAGUAAACACCAAGAGGUGCUUAGCUUAAUCCGAUUGGCCAACUAAACUAGUAAAUUGUUGUGAGUCAGUAGCAGCAGAUUUAUGAAAACUCUUAGAACCUUUCAUGCACUGUGUCCACUGAGAACAAUUCAAGUAAGUCUUAUAAGUUUAUUUAUAUAGCUGCGAAAGCGAUAGAAUCCAACAAGCAUCCCAAGUUCAUGAGGACCAUCGAAGAACAUAGCAAUUCAACUACUACUAACUAGGGGCCUACUUACAACACCAUGCUAAGUGCUACUCUUGGAAACCAAAGAACCGGUUAAACUCUUGCCAACUCAAUUAGUCAAGCUUAGCUUGAUACUAAAUCGAAGCAAAAGAUAUAGACAGUGGUAAACAGCAAUCAAGCGUCUAUUAAGAGAGUGAGUGGAAACAGCUAGACUUUGUCUCAAUCAGCGAGUGUUUCUCACUUUAAGUCCCCAAGCACUCAAAUAAACUCCAAGAAACAACUUUAAGGCAGAUAUCUGCACAUGUGA